AUAGCCAUGGACGUGUACCGCACCCCGGCCGCCGAGCUGGACCAGCUGGUGGUGCGCAGCCUGCAGCCGCAGAGCAACUUCACGGGCCUGGCACGGCGUGCCCUAGGCAACCUCGCAGCAACCCUGCGGGAGCGGGGGCCUCCAUCCCUGCGGGUACGGAAAACAGUUCAGGGAGGUUCCUACGGCCGGGGCACCGCUCUCAGGGGUGGCUGCGACUCUGAACUUGUCAUCUUCCUUGACUGCUUCAAGAGCUACCAAGACCAGAGGGCCCAUGGUGCCAAGGUGCUCGGGGAGCUGGAGGUGCUGCUGACUCAAUGGAGGCAGGACCCAGGCCAGGGCCUGAGGCUUGAGACCCCCACGCGAGAUGGGUCCGGAGUCCUGCGCUUCCGGCUAUCCUCUACCGACCUGGAAAACUGGAUGGAUGUCAGCCUGGUGCCUGCCUAUGACGCACUAGGGCAGCUCAGUGCUGGUUCCAAACCCGCACCCAAGGUCUACACCGACCUGCUCCACAGUGGCUGCCAGGGUGGCGAGCAUGCGGCCUGCUUCGCAGAGCUACGUCGGAGCUUCGUGAACACCCGGCCGGUCAAGCUCAAGAACCUCAUCCUGCUGGUCAAGCACUGGUACCACCAGGUGUUCCCCCAAAUGGCAGGGGGGGCUCCGCUGCCCCCGGCCUACGCCCUGGAGCUGCUGACCAUCUUCGCCUGGGAGCAGGGCUGCAGGCAGAACUCCUUCAGCCUGGCCCAGGGCCUGCGCACCGUGCUGGGCCUACUGCAGCACUACCGGCAGUUGUGUGUCUUCUGGACGGUCAGCUACGACUUGGAGGACCCUGCAGUGGCACAGUUCGUGCAGAGACAGCUGAAGAGGCCCAGGCCUGUCAUCCUAGACCCAGCCGACCCCACGUGGGAUUUGGGCAGUGGGACCACCUGGCGCUGGGACAUGUUGGCCCGGGAGGCGGAGUCCGGCUGUCACCACCCAUGCUUUUUGCAGAGGAAUGGAGACCCUGUGCAGCCCUGGGAGGUGCCGGGCCUUCUGCGUGCCAGGUGCUCAGCUUUGGGCCACCCCAUCCAACACAACCCUGAUCAAGGGACGCCUGAGGUCAGCAAGAGCGUCCGUGCUGUACAGCCAGUGCCAAGAAGCAAGCAGCCCUCCAGCCCAGCUCCAGGCCCCUCACAGGCAGUCGGUGCCACCCACUGCUCCACGGCGGGGCUGGCCUGGGAUCUGUCCCAGGUGCCCUCCAAGGAGCUGGACCGCUUCAUCCAGGAGCACCUGAAGCCAAGCCCGCAGUUCCAGGAGCAGGUGAAAAAGGCCAUUGAUUCUAUCCUGCGCUGCCUGCGAGAAAAGUGUGCUCACAAAGCCUCCAGGGUGAGCAAGGGCGGCUCAUUCGGCCGGGGAACCGACCUCAAGGGUGACAGUGAUGUGGAACUCGUCAUCUUUCUCAACUGCCUCUCGGGCUAUGAGGACCAGCGCACUGGCUGUGCUGGCAUCCUGGCAGACAUGCGGGCACAGCUGGAAUCCUGGCGUGGGGACCUGGGGCCCAGGCUGAGCCUGCGCUUCUCUCAGCAGAACAGCUCCAGGGCUCUGUGCUUGCAGCUGGUGUCCACUGCUCCAGAAAGCUGCGUGGAUGUUAGGCUGCUGCCCACCUUUGAUGCUGUGGGGCAGCUCAGUGCCAGUGCCAAACCCGCGCCCAAGGUCUACACCGACCUGCUGCGCAGCGGCUGCCAGGGUGGCGAGCACGCGGCCUGCUUCGCAGAGCUACGUCGGAGCUUCGUGAACACCCGGCCGGUCAAGCUCAAGAACCUCAUCCUGCUGGUCAAGCACUGGUACCGCCAGGUCGCCGCCAAGGACCACUCCGCUCUGCCCCCAGCCUAUGCCCUGGAGCUCCUGACCAUCUUUGCGUGGGAGCAGGGCUGCCGGAAGGACAGUUUCAACAUGGCUGAGGGCCUGUGCACUGUCCUGAAGCUCAUCCAGUGCCAUCAGCAGCUGUGUGUCUACUGGAUGGUCAACUAUAGCGUUGAGGACCCGGCUGUGCAAACCCACCUUCUUGGCCAGCUUCGGAAGGCCAGACCCUUGAUCCUGGACCCUGCUGACCCUACCUGGAAUGUGGCCCAGGGCAGCUGGGAGCUGCUGGCCCAGGAAGCAGCAGCCGUGAGGACGCACACCUGCAUCAAGAAUAGAGACGGGACGGCUGUGCAGCCCUGGGAUGUGAUGCCAGCUCAGCUUUACCAGACCCCAGCCAGGGACCUGGACAGGUUUAUCAGUGACUUCCUGCAGCCCGACCGCCAGUUCCUGGCGCAGGUGAACAAGGCCGUCGAUGUCAUCUGCUCCUUCUUGCGGGAAAAUUGCUUCCAGAAUUCGCCCACCAAAGUGCUCAAGGUGGUCAAGGGUGGUUCUUCAGCCAAAGGCACAGCCCUGCGGGGCCGCUCAGAUGCCGACCUGGUGGUGUUUCUCAGCUGCUUCAGCCAUUUCGCCGAGCAGGGGAUCAUGCGAGCCGAGAUCAUUUCGGAGAUUCGAGCUCAGCUGGAGGCCUGCCAGAAGGAGCAGCAGUUUGAGGUCAAGUUCGAGAUUUCCAAAUGGGAGAACCCCCGCGUGUUGAGCUUCACGCUGACGUCAAAGACCAUGCUGGACCACAGCGUGGACUUCGACGUUCUGCCAGCCUUUGAUGCCCUAGGCCAGAUGGUCACCGGUUCGAGGCCCAGCUCCAGGGUCUACACAGACCUCAUCCGCAGCUGCAGCCAACCGGGCGAGUACUCCACCUGCUUCACGGAGCUGCAGCGUGACUUCAUCACCUCCCGGCCCACCAAGCUCAAGAGCCUCCUCCGCUUGGUGAAGCACUGGUACCGGCAGUGCGACAAGAUGCUCAAGGGAAAGGGCGCCCUGCCCCCCCAGCACGCACUGGAGCUCCUGACAGUGUACGCCUGGGAGCAGGCUGGGCGGGAUGUGCAGUUCAGCAUGGCUGAGGGGUUCCGCACCGUGCUGGAGCUGGUCACCCGGUACCGCGAGCUGCGUAUCUACUGGACUGUGUACUACAGCACAGAGGACCAGACUGUGAGAGACUUCCUGAAACUGCAGCUGCAGAAGCCUAGGCCCCUCAUCCUGGAUCCAGCCGACCCGACAGGCAUCCUGGGCCAAAAUGCCCGUUGGGACCUGCUGGCCCAGGAGGCGGCCAACUGCAUGUCCUCCCUGUGCUGUACGGACAGGGAUGGCACCCCCAUCCAGCCGUGGCCAGUGAAGCCUGCGGUGUGAAGACUGUCAGCCAUUGCACUGGACGGACACCGGCCCUUGGGGUGGGGAAGGUGCAGUGUGCCCGUGGGUUGCCCCUCAGUGUGCAU